GCUCCGGGAGCGCCGUGUUUACGGCCGGGCCGGGGGGCGGUCCCAGUGCCGCCGUACCGGUGCCGCUGCCAGCGCCAGCACCGCCCUCCCGUCAGCUGGGACUCACGGGCCGGGGUGACCCUGUGGGACAGCUGACAUCAUGGUCGACUACUACGAAGCGCUGGGGGUGAGCCGCAGUGCCACCGCUGAUGACAUCAAGAAGGCGUACAGAAAGGCUGCGCUGAAAUGGCACCCUGAUAAAAACCCAGACAACAAGGAGUAUGCUGAGCAGAAGUUCAAGGAGAUCGCAGAGGCAUACGAAGUGCUGUCGGACAAGCAAAAGCGUGAUGUCUAYGACCGCUAUGGCAAGGAUGGACUCAUGGGAGCAGCAGGAUCAGGGGGCUCCAGGGCCAGUGCUGGGGCUCCUGAAUUCACCUUCACGUUCCGCAGCGCUCACGACGUCUUCCGGGAGUUCUUUGGUGGGCGAGAUCCCUUUGCUGAAUUCUUCGAUGAGGUGCUGCCUUUCUCUGAGCUGCGAGGACCUGGCCCCCGGCACCAUGGAGGAAGCCAUUUCUUUUCCUCCUUCCCAGGAUCCUCAGAUUUCUUCGCCUCAUCCUUCAGCUCUGGAGCAGAUGCAGGACUGGGCUUCCGCUCUGUUUCCACUUCCACCACCUUUGUUAAUGGCAGGCGCAUCACCACCAAGAGGAUUAUUGAGAAUGGGCAAGAGCGGGUUGAAGUGGAGGAGGAUGGGGAGCUGAAGUCGAUCCACAUCAAUGGUGUCCCUGAUGACAUGGCCCUGGGGCUGGAGCUGAGCCGGCGGGAACAGCAAGCCGUCUCCAGGGCAUGGUCCCCCUCGCCGCCACCACCGACCCUGCGCCAGACCUCAAACUCCUCACCUGUCUACCUCUACACGGACAGCGAGGAUGAGGAUGAGGACUUGCAGCUGGCCAUGGCCUACAGCCUCUCAGAGAUGGAAGCUGCAGGGCACCACCAGGCAGGUGGGCACAGCCCCAGCUCCCUGCAGACACCGGGGGGCAGCCAUAGCACCCCAUCCUCCACCCGCAGAUCCCGUGGUGCACAGGGGAGGCUGGAGCAGGAGCCACCGGGGGCCAGCAGUCCUGCUACAGUGGGGCACGAACCUGCACCCAGAGUGAAGCUGUGGCACUGCCCCCUCCUCUGAGCUUGAGGCUGGGGUUCUGUCCCUCUCUGUCGGGCAGGGAGAGGAAAGUGGGGGUGGAGUCUCACUUCUUGGAACUUGGCUUCUGCCUCCCCUAGCAAGGGAGGGGGGUCUCCCCUGCCUCCUUGCUCAGAUGAGUGGGUGGCUAGUGGCAUCCUGGGGUUGGAGGCUYCUGGACUUGGAGGUAGUGGCUUGAAGAGGAGCCUCCUUGAUGGGGUCCCAGGAAGAGGGGCAUCUCCCUGCCCUGGCUCCUGGAAGCAUGGGGUCCCCGUGGGCAGGUGGGCCCUGGCUGUGCCUGCCCCUCUCUCCCUGCCUGCCCUGCAGACAGGCAGGGUCUCCAGCAGGUGCCUCCCUGGCUGCAUCCUGCCCCUGCCCAGGCUGCAGGGAGUGCUGAGUUAGGCUCCCCUCCUUGCAAGGAGGGCUGCGCACGUGGCCUCUGCUUGGUGCCUUGUGUCUUGUCUCUUCCCUCUGGAUGCUGUUGCUCCUGCCUGUACCUUAUCCUUCUCUGUCUCUGUGCAGACUCUGCUUGGUCACUCCCUUCCCUAUGCCUUGUACACCCUCUAGAGCACUGUCCCUCCUUGCUUCCCACAGCAGCAGUGACCCUCUGUGAUGUUCACAAGUGUUUCUACCCUCUCUGUUGC